GUGGGGCCUCGCGGGGCCUCCCGGCGGCCGGGCCCCUGCCUCUCUGCCAGCCCCCAUGGAGCAGCCGUUCGGGGGCCUGCUAAGCCGUCCCGGGGGGCUGCUGUGGGCCUGAGGCCGUACGGCGGCGCCCCUGCAAACCCCUCGGAUCCCCGAGUCCCAGGCAUGAGCAGCCCCCCGACUUACCCCAGCAUCAGGAUCUCAGGGUGCUGGGCCUUGGGAGCAGAAGGCAGCAGCAGCGCCGAGGCCUUGGACAGGCUCCUCCCGCCUGUGGGCGCCGGGCGUGCGCCCCGGAAACGCACCACCAGCCAGUGCAAGUCGGAGCCGCCCCUGCUGCGCACCAGCAAGCGCACCAUCUACACGGCGGGGCGGCCGCCCUGGUACAACGAGCACGGCACGCAGUCCAAGGAGGCCUUCGCCAUCGGCCUGGGCGGCGGCAGCGCCUCUGGGAAGACCACGGUGGCCAGGAUGAUCAUCGAGGCCCUGGAUGUGCCCUGGGUGGUCUUGCUGUCCAUGGACUCCUUCUACAAGGUGCUCACACGGCAGCAGCAGGAGCAGGCCGCCCUCAACAACUACAACUUCGACCACCCUGACGCCUUCGACUUCGACCUCAUCGUGUCCACCCUGCAGAAACUGAAGCAGGGCAAGAGUGUCAAAGUGCCCGUCUACGACUUCACCACCCACAGCCGCAAGAAAGACUGGAAGACGCUCUACGGGGCCAACGUCAUCAUCUUCGAGGGCAUCAUGGCCUUCGCCGACAAGACGCUGCUGGAGCUCCUGGACAUGAAGAUCUUCGUGGACACAGACUCAGACAUCCGCCUGGUGCGGCGGCUCCGCCGGGACAUCAGCGAGCGCGGCCGCGACAUCGCGGGCGUCAUCAAGCAGUACAACAAGUUCGUCAAGCCGGCCUUCGACCAGUACAUCCAGCCGACCAUGCGCCUGGCGGACAUUGUGGUGCCCCGAGGGAGCGGGAACACAGUGGCCAUCGACCUGAUUGUCCAGCACGUGCACAGCCAGCUGGAGGAGAGGAAGCUGCGCUGGGAUAUGGCCGCGCUGGCCUCGGCGCACCAGUGCCACCCCCUGCCGCAGACACUGAGCGUCCUCAAGAGCACGCCGCAGGUGCGGGGCAUGCACACCAUCAUCAGGGACAAGGAGACCAGCCGGGACGAGUUCAUCUUCUACUCCAAGAGGCUGAUGCGGCUGCUCAUCGAGCAUGCGCUGUCUUUCCUGCCCUUCCAGGACUGCGUGGUGCAGACCCCGCAGGGGCAGGACUACGCGGGCAAGUGCUACGCUGGGAAGCAGAUCACCGGAGUGUCCAUCCUGCGGGCGGGUGAGACCAUGGAGCCGGCGCUGCGGGCGGUGUGCAAGGAUGUGCGCAUUGGCACCAUCCUCAUCCAGACCAACCAGCUCACGGGGGAGCCGGAGCUCCACUACCUGCGGCUGCCCAAGGACAUCAGCGACGACCACGUGAUCCUCAUGGACUGCACCGUGUCCACGGGCGCCGCGGCCAUGAUGGCCGUGCGUGUGCUCCUGGACCACGACGUGCCGGAGGACAAGAUCUUCCUGCUGUCGCUGCUCAUGGCAGAGAUGGGCGUGCACUCGGUGGCCUACGCCUUCCCGCGCGUGAGGAUCAUCACCACGGCCGUGGACAAGCGCGUCAACGACCUCUUCCGCAUCAUCCCGGGCAUCGGGAACUUCGGCGACCGCUACUUCGGGACGGACGCCGUCCCCGACGGCAGCGACGAGGAAGAAGUGGCGUCCAUGGGCUAGCCCGACGCCUGCUCUCUUCCCGCCCGCACACGCCCCCCGCCGGCCCCUGCUCACAGACGACACACGUUGUUCUAGUUUAACGACGUCACUGGUGUAACUUAUUCUACACAUUUAUAAAAUAAAGUCUCAGAAAAACAAA